UCUCCUCACCUGGGGACUCCAUCUGCGCACCUCCUGAUCUCCAGCCUGCCUUUGUCCCCCCUCCCCUCCCGCAACCUCGGCCUACAGCGCCGCGCGUCACCAUGAUUGCUAUGAAGGAGAAGAAUAAAACGCCCAAGGACAGCAUGACGCUCCUGCCUUGCUUUUAUUUCGUGGAGCUGCCCAUCGUGGCGUCCUCCAUUGUGUCCUUGUACUUCUUGGAGCUCACUGACCUGUUCAAGCCGGCCAAGGUGGGCUUUCAGUGCUACGACCGCUCGCUGUCCAUGCCCUACGUGGAGUCUAACGAAGAGCUGAUCCCACUGCUUAUGUUGCUGAGCCUGGCUUUCGCUGCACCUGCAGCCUCUAUCAUGGUCGGCGAGGGCAUGGUCUACUGUCUGCAGUCCCGGCUCUGGGGCCGUGGUCGAGGGGGCACAGAAGGCAGCAUCAACGCGGGAGGCUGUAACUUCAACUCGUUCCUCCGACGCACCGUACGCUUUGUGGGUGUGCACGUGUUUGGCCUGUGUGCCACGGCUCUGGUGACGGACGUCAUCCAGCUGGCCACGGGCUACCACACGCCUUUCUUCCUAACCGUCUGCAAACCCAAUUACACCCUGCUGGGCACUUCCUGUGAGGCGAACCCUUACAUCACACAGGACAUCUGCUCUGGCCACGAUACCCAUGCCAUCCUAUCGGCACGGAAGACUUUUCCAUCCCAGCAUGCCACUCUGUCGGCCUUCGCUGCUGUCUAUGUGUCGAUGUACUUCAAUUCAGUCAUCUCGGACACGACAAAGCUGCUGAAGCCCAUCCUUGUGUUCGCCUUUGCCAUAGCUGCUGGAGUCUGCGGCCUUACACAGAUCACCCAGUACCGCAGCCACCCUGUGGACGUCUAUGCUGGCUUUCUUAUUGGUGCUGGCAUCGCUGCCUACCUGGCUUGCCACGCUGUGGGCAACUUCCAGGCACCGCCUGCAGAGAAGGUGCCUACCCCAGCGCCUGCCAAGGAUGCCCUACGAGCGCUGACUCAGCGGGGCCACGAGGCCAUGUAUCAGCAGAAUAAGUCUGUCAGCACAGAUGAGCUGGGCCCUCCAGGGAGGCUAGAGAGUGUGCCUCGGCCUGUAGCCCGAGAGAAGACGUCUCUUGGCAGCCUGAAGAGAGCCAGUGUGGAUGUGGACCUGCUGGCUCCACGCAGCCCCAUGGGCAAAGAGGGCAUGGUCACCUUCAGCAACACACUGCCCCGUGUCAGCACGCCCUCGCUGGAUGACCCCGCGCGGCGCCACAUGACCAUCCAUGUGCCCCUCGACGCCUCCCGCUCCAAGCAGCUCAUCAGUGAGUGGAAACAGAAGACCCUGGAGGGCCGUGGCCUGGGGCUGCCUGACGAGGCUAGCCCUGUGCAUCUGAGGGCCCCAGCGGAGCCCAUGGCAGAGGAAGAGGAGGAGGAGGAAGAGGAGGAGGAGGAAGAGGAAGAAGAGGAGGAGGAGGAGGAAGGACCCGUGCCGCCCUCUCUGUACCCUACCGUCCAGGCUCGGCCAGGGCUUGGGCCCCGAGUCAUUCUGCCUCCGAGGCCAGGGCCCCCCCAGCCCCUUGUGCACAUCCCUGAGGAAGGAGUGCAGGCUGCAGCUGGCCUGUCACCCAAGAGCAGCUCCUCAGUGAGGGCCAAGUGGGUGUCCAUGGCAGAGAAGGGUGGGGCCCCUGUGCCUGUGGGUCCAUCACAGCCACGGGUGGCCAACCCACCGAGGCUGUUGCAGGUCAUUGCCAUGUCCAAGGCAGCAGGGGGCCCCAAGGCUGAGACAGCUUCAUCAUCCAGUGCCAGCUCCGACUCUUCCCAGUACCGCUCACCAUCAGACCGUGACUCUGCCAGCAUCGUCACAAUUGAUGCCCACGCACCUCACCACCCAGUGGUGCACCUGUCUGCCGGCAGCACACCCUGGGAGUGGAAGGCCAAGGUGGUGGAGGGUGAUGGUAGCUAUGAGCUGGGGGAUCUGGCACGCGGCUUCAGAAGCAGCUGCAAACAGCCUGGGAUAGGCCCUGGGUCUCCAGCCAGUGAUGUGGACCAGGAGGAGCCACGGUUUGGAGGUGUGGCCACCGUUAACCUGGCCACUGGUGAGGGUCUGCCCCCACCAGGAGCAAGUGAAGGGGCCCUGGGUGCAGGUAGCCGGGAAUCCACCCUGAGGCGCCAGGUGGGCGGGCUGGGGGAACGAGAGGUGGAGCCUGAAGCGGAAAGUUACUACAGGAGGAUGCAGGCUCGAAGGUACCAGGACUGAGCCUG